UCUUGAUGCGUAACGAACAAUGCCAUUGUCCGCAUCAAUAUCAUCGCCGUUUUCUCUCACUCCUCUCUCAACAACCCGAUCACGAUCGCCUCUCUCCUUCUUCAUCUCCACUCCCAAAACCCUAAUCACCUCCACAAGGACCACAACCACAACCCCUUCGACUUCCCUUUACGCUUCCCGGCGACCCCGCGAUUUCAUCAACGGAAGGAGAGAUGAGUUCGUAGACGGUGAUCGGAGCUGGAACCGGAAGAUCAAACCGGAGAAGUAUGGUUUCGAUGAAGAAGAUGAAGAUGACGAGGAAGAAGAGGAAGAAGAAGAAGAUAGAAGCUUAGAUCUUUUACUUAGGUUCGUUGAGAAUGUGUUUAGAAAAGUUUCCAAGAGAGCAAGGAGAGCCGUACGAUCUGUUUUGCCUGUUUCCAUCUCCACCAAACUCGUGGGUUUCUCAGUGAACGGUGUACUUAUACUUGCGUUUCUGUGGAUCUUGAAGGCCUUUCUUGAGGUAGCUUGUACACUGGGGACUAUUGUAUUUACGAGCAUUCUACUUAUACGAGGACUUUGGGCUGGUGUAGCAUACGUACAAGAAAGCCGUAACUACAGGAUCAAUGAACUUUCUGAUGACCCACGUGCAUGGCACGGGGUGCAACCAGCUUCUUGAUUUAUUCACUCUCGAGAGCCAAGAUUGGUUUGGGUUCUUUGAAGACAAUAAAACCACAGAUGAUUUUAGAAUCAGUAAGAAGUGAGUUACAGUGGAUGAUGAUGUUCUUUGGCGAUGUCUGAUGAUUUAGUAAGUAAAAUGAAUGUAAUGUUUGUAGCAUUCCAGUUAAUGGGGAUGCGGUGACACUGUAUCUUAGUUUUCUAAAUAAACAAAACCAUAUACAGAAUCAUACUGUUUACUGUGCG